UUGUGAAAUGAAUUCAUGUCGUUUAUAUUCCGCAAAAACCGAUCAUCGGUGAAUUCAGUUUUGUUUUUCGAAGUAAUGGCUAAUUGUGAAAUUUUUUAACUGUGUUGAGGAAAAUAAUUUUUUGGGUAAUUUCUUACAUUUGCGGUUAUUAUACUAACUAAUUUAAUGGCUGAUUCACGCGACUUCGAAGCUUCAAAGGAAAUUUUAUAUGUUAGCUUUAAUCAAACUGCAACUGGACUCAAUAUUGGAUCUAAAACUGGAUAUACUUCAUAUGAUUUAAAUACUACUAAUGAAGUAAUCCCUACAUUUGAUUCUCCAACUGAUAUUAAAGAUGUACGCAUUGUUGAAAGAGUCUUUAGUACAAGUCUAAUUGCAUAUGUGCAACUCGAAAAACCUAGAACUUUGGUUUUGAUUCAUCAUGUGAAAGGCCUUGUCAUUAUUGAGAAAUCAUUUCCAAAUACAAUUCUGUCUGUCCGAAUGAAUAGAACAAAUGUAGUUGUAUGCCUGGAAGAUAGAAUAUUCAUUAUAAGCAUUAAAAAUUUGACACAAACUAUACAUGAGAUUACAAAUACCCAGACAAAUGAAAAAGGCUUGAUAGCUUUAACCUAUGGUGAAGAAAAAAAGCCUUCAUUCCUUGCCUAUCCUGGGAGCUCAACAAUUGGAAAUGUUCAGAUUUUUGACACCAUAGGAAUGCAUGCAAAGAUAACUAUUCCUGCUCAUAAUUCUGCACUAGCUGCUCUUGCUUUUGACGAAAGUGGGGAAAAAAUAGCUACAGCAUCGAUUAAAGGAACUGUGAUACGCAUAUUUUCAGUUGCUAAAGGAGAACAAUUGUACGAAUUUCGCCGUGGUGUCAAAAGGUGUGCUGAAAUCAAUUGCCUUUCUUUUUGUAAAAAUCCGGAAUUGCUGUGUGUCUCAAGUAACACAGAAACCAUCCAUAUUUUUAAAUUGACUCCUUCUGAUGUUCCUCAGCCAGCAGAGGAAGAAGAAACAGAAGGUUGGAUGGAGAUGUUUAAUCGAUUAGUCACCCAAUCUGCUAAACUUCUUCCUACCCAAAUGUCCGGCGUUCUAACUCAACAGAGAUCUUUUGCUCAUGUACAUUUACCCUUUGUCUCCAAGUCCACUAUUAGUGCCAUUUCCUUCAUCAGCAACAUUCCUUAUGUAGUGGUGACAUCACUCGAAGGUUUUUUGUACAUAUAUGACAUUAAUAUGGAUACUGGUGGACCUUGUCAAUUAGUUAAACAAUACAGGUUGGAAGGACCUCCUCCUAAGACUCAUCGUUCACCCGAUAACAACCAUAAAAAAUAUGCUAAUUUGGAUAGUCAGAAAAUCCAAGAGCAUUCAUUAGAAUUGGAUGACAAACUACAACUUGGCAAUGUUUCUCCUGGCCCUUCUUCCAAUGUACAUAAGUUGAGCCAGGCAUUACAAGAUGAAAAUUUGGAAUCUAAUACUACUGAAGGUUGUUCCGAAAGUUUUCCUAAAUGCGAUGGCCCUGACACAGACACAUCUCAACAGCACCCGGAUUAUGGAAAUAUUAAUGGUUGCAAUGGUGUUUUUGAAUCUUGUGACUAUUUUAGUACUGUAAAUUACAGUAAUGACUCUAAUGAUGCAUUACCCCCGAUACUUACGCAAGUUGAGCCAUGAAUUUAUACUGCUUUUUCUACUUCACUUCAUUGGUGACUUUAUAACUUAUGAUGAUCAGUAAAAUUGACAAGUUACUGUUC